UUUUACGUCUUUCUGGGCUGGUAUUAUGGCAGCGUCACCAUCCGCGAGCUGAUUCUCAAAGCCAAUGGCUCUAAUAUCAAGUUGUGGUGGCUCUUUCAUCACUACUCGUCGAUUGUGGUCUCGGCCGUGUUGCUGCUCUGGUCUCACACUCCGGCUUGUCUGGAGUUUGAGUACUACUUUAAAAUCUUUUCCAUCUAUCAAGGCAUUGUGCAGGUCAUGCAAUACCGGUAUCAGAGCGCGACUCUGUACAAGAAGCGCGCCCUUGGCGAGUCACAGCUUCUGGACACGACU